UGACACUGACGCAACACUGACGUUUUACUGUCUUUUCAAGUUAAGCUCCGUUCCAUUGCAAUCAUGGCGGUGAACAAUAUUUCGAAAAAACGAAAAUUCGUCGGCGACGGAGUUUUCAAAGCAGAGUUAAAUGAGUUCCUUACCAGGGAACUCGCUGAGGAUGGAUACUCUGGAGUUGAAGUGCGCGUUACACCUACGCGAUCAGAAAUCAUCAUUAUGGCGACCAGAACCCAGAGUGUUUUGGGAGAGAAGGGCCGCCGCAUCAGGGAGCUCACAUCUGUAGUUCAAAAGCGUUUCAACAUUCCCGAACAAUCUGUUGAACUAUACGCAGAGAAGGUUGCCACCCGUGGGCUCUGCGCUAUUGCCCAGGCUGAAUCUUUGAGAUACAAGCUUAUUGGAGGACUGGCUGUUCGUCGUGCAUGUUACGGUGUACUCAGGUUCAUCAUGGAGUCUGGUGCCCGCGGCUGCGAGGUGGUGGUGUCAGGCAAGCUGCGUGGUCAGCGUGCCAAGUCCAUGAAAUUCGUCGACGGACUCAUGAUCCACUCUGGAGACCCCUGCAAUGACUAUGUCAACACAGCCACAAGACACGUGCUGUUGAGACAAGGAGUACUCGGAAUUAAGGUGAAGAUCAUGUUGCCGUGGGACCAGCAGGGCAAGAACGGGCCGAAGAAGCCGCAGCCCGACCACAUCCUGGUGACGGAGCCCAAGGACGAGCCCGUGCCGUCGGAGCCGGUGUCGGACGUGCGCUCGCUGGCGCCCGCGCCCGCCGCGCUGCCGCCGCCGCAGCCCGCCAUCGCGUAGUCUUAAUUAAACUCUUUCACACAUA